UUGUAUUUCUCAUGUAUUUGUUUGCCAGAGAAUCAGUAUUAACGUCUACACUUGGUUCGUUUGAAUGCAUUUUAGUAAUUAUGCUGCAUAAAUGAACGUAAUAAUUUCCCGUCAAGGUCAAAUGGAAUUUAGUCCAUAAAUAAUUUGCUUGUCCACGUCGUCAUACUUAUUCGAUUUGUUUGAUAUGACUUUUAAUUUGCGUGUCCACGUAAUCAUGAAAUUUUUCAUUUAUGAGGUUUAAUGGAUGAUGUCAGGUUAGGAAUUGGUUAGCUUGUGAUUAUUGGAAAAUCUAAGGAAGGGCAUAAGAUAGUUCAAUUAUUUAACUCAUUACAUGUUUGUAGCAAUAAUAAAUUCAAGAUUAGCUACUGCUGCAUUCUCAAAUAUAUCAUAUUUAAAAAUUUCAGUAAGUCCUUGUUGUAUGUAGUAUUUGAUGUUCGAAAAUACCAAAAUAUCAUAGUAAUGCAGAUGAUUGGAAAAUGAGUAGCAAUAAUAACUAGGAGAUUUUAAUUCAUUAUUCAAAUGACUUUGCAAAUUAAAAUAAGUUUAAAUGUCUUAUAAUGCGUCAUAGUAUUGUACAUGGUUUCUUCGUUAUGUAUAAACGAAGCAUUUUCAUCUUUAGAUUAAACAUAUUUUCAUAUUAACUAGGUUUAGUAAUUAAUCUCAACAUAAUGAAUAUCGAGUUAUUGUUCUUGCAUAUUGUUAUUGAUUGGUGGGUCUUAGCACUUACUACUUAUGUCACCUACUCCAAAGUUUGACGACAUAUGGAACAUUAUUUCUGGACUACCUUUAGAAUUUUUUGUUCCUCGUUGGGUUUUAACAAUUGUACAAAACGACUGAAAUUGGCUGCUUUAAGACUUGACUAAAUUCAGUGUUUUCUAGGUUAGCUCGGGAUUGGUUUGUGUCACUUUUGGAAGCAAGCUUACGAGUUCUUGUCAUUAAUUUUUUUAAUUUUAUGCGCAACAGUACUAUAAAUCUCAAUAUUAGAUUAACUAUUUUAAAUGUGAUAUACUAUACACUUCUAAGUAUAUACAUACUCUUUAUAAAGUAACAGCACUUAACACUUCUAUGCAAAUAAUUAUGUAUAAACUAAAUUUGAGGUAUUUAAAAAAAUCAAUGCUGAUGAGCUCAGAGCUCGGAGAAGCCUAAUUUUAACAAACCAAAUGUGCUGAGAUUGAGCUUUAUGAUUCUGUUGGAGCUCAAGCAUACAGAGCUCGUGUCCUUCAUAAUAAAUAUAGACAACGUGGUCCAGUCUUUAAGUUUUCAACAGUUUGAAUUUGAAGUUCAGUUUGUGUUAUGAACAUGAGACAAACAAACACUACCAACUUGAAGAAAACUUGAAGAAGUGUGUCGGAAUCAAUUACUGACUCCCGUAUGUUAACUAUUUUGACUCGAUGAUAAUCGCUUGAAAAGAACUUUAAGUUUCAUGAAAACAUAAAUAUUUUUGAACUAUUAAACUCAAUAGCUUUAUUGCUUAUUGUUUCGUAUUAUUUUUCUCCAGGGCAACCAGACAAGCACAGAGUUAUUUUGGAGGUUGGAUAUAUUUGAGGUAAGAAAUUGCAUUUAUUGGCAAGUCUAGUCGUGUUCAUUUAGCUUAAAUUUACAAUUAUGACUCUGGGGAAUCUGAAUAGUCGUUCAUUUAAUGUUAUAUUUAUGUCUUCGUGCGUGCAUGUGCGUAUGCGUAUGCACGUACACGUAUACGUAUAUACACAUGUACUUGUGCAUGAUACUGGCUGUACUGCUGGAAUGCUUAUGUUCCACGUAAGUAUCUAGUUUCAGUAUGAUCUAAUUGAUGUGCUUGAGAUUGUCCGAGUUUGUAUGCUGACAUGUAAAUUUUCAAUAUCAAAAAAUCAUACUGGAUCCUCCAUGUUAGUAACAUGUGCUAUCUUGAAAAUGCAACGAGUCCAGAUUUAAGGGAAUGAAUAAAGGAAUGGAAGUAGAAAAUAUACACUUGCAUGCACCCAUAAUAAUUACUGAUUAAAACAAGAGAAAAAAAAUCAAACAUGAUUACUUUUUUACUCUGUCGAAAAUUGUGUCGAGACGUAUAUUUUUGGUAGAAGUAUUACACAAUAAAUGCACGUAGAAGAACAAAAUGAAGUACGUUUAUCGAGAGAUGGAGAAAAGACUUAAUACUGCGGGACUCAAGGUCUUAUCACAUCAUACAUCUUUUAGCUGUUUUGAUAAGUUCUUAAGUAUGUCCAUAUUUUGUUGAGUAAUGAUUGCUUUCUGCUGCUCAAAUUUGCUUAUUUUUGUAAGCUGCCAGGAUGGAUCUAAUCUAAUCAUUACGUAAAUAUUACCCUAGCCGCUCUCAUUUCUUCUUCUUAUCAAUGGAAACCUCCGACACACCACCCCAAUCCACUGACGGCGCCCCAAUCCACCGCCGCCGUCGUUGCCUCCGCCUUAGAAUAGUACCUGGUCCGUUCAAACCCUAGCCGCUCUGAUUUGUUCUUCUUAUCGAUGGAAACCUCCGACACACCACCCCAAUCCACCGCCGCCGUCGUUGCCUACCCUUCAGAAUAAUACCUGAUCCGAUUUCAGUGAAAUUAGCGAUCUCGCCAAACUUGGCUCCAUCUACACUGUCGCGGACAUGGCGACAUUCUUGAAGAUUAAUGAGAACCGUACUGUGGUUUCCGCUCCACAAGGCCGAGGAGGCUGUAGUUGCUUUGCUGAAGGAGCUCUUGAAAUUUUGAGCUGAUGAUGGCGCCGAGGAUGCACCGUCGAAGGCGGCGGGGUAUGAACUGCUGUUGCUGCUGCUGUGUAGCUCUUUCUGUCGCUGCUAUACUUGUUUUUCUCUUUCUGUUGAUGCUGAAAUACCGCGCGUGCUCUGUUCACGUGCUUGAUGUUUGUCACCAGAGAAACUUCGACUUUCUCGUACCCUUUUCUCUAAGGAACCACAUAUGAUUUCUUCAGUGAUCUGCCAAUUCGAGAACGACACUGUUUCCAUAUAUUCCCGAUGACAGAUGUGUAUAUCUACAGCUAUAUAUCUAUCCUGCACCAGAAGGAAAAAAAAACACAAAAAUAAAAAAACCUAAAUCUUUGUCUGAAACCCUUGAAAAUGUCGAGAGCAGAAAACAGCGAGCCUUGCUCAACUAGUGUGUUCAGAGAGCCACAGUGCUUGGCUGAUGCGAUCGCCAUGUCAUGGCCGGAGUCAAUCGCAGAUGACGUGUCAUCGCCUCAACCAUCGGCAGAGCCACCUUUUGGAGAAGAAGAAGAUGAUAUUAAAUCACUCUUCUGGCCAUAUGAAGUAAUUAUAGCACCUUCAUCCUUCAUAGAGCCUAUGCCUAACCCUCAGCUGCUUCAACAACCCGUGCUGGUUUUGCGAAUUUCCGCAGCAAAUCAACCUCAUAAGGAGCGAGAACGAGUCGGAGAACGUUCUGCGAUGCCUUGUGGACCUUCGAAGCAGAAAAAAGCAAAAUUAGGUGGUGCAACAAAGAAGCCAACCAAGAAAACAGAAGAGGAUGACGACUCGUGGAUGCCCGAAGGAUGGGUGAAGCGAGUAAACAAAAGGCCGUUGACUGGAAAAUUUCCCGGAUACGAAGACAAGAGAUACUACGCACCGGGUGUUUCUAGAGCAUUCCGGUCAAAAGUUAAAGCUCUGAAAUACAUAGAGCAACAACAAAAUACUACGGCCACAGGUCUGAAAAUACAUGGAGGGGCUGCAGAUUGAGGUUGGCUAAUUAUCUGAGGCGUAACAUUAGAUUUGAUGAUGAGGAUAGAAUACAUUGUAUACUAUAUGCAAGAACCGAAACAGUAAGCAAGACUUCUAUCAUUCUCCGUUGAUUGAAAAGCUUAUUAGUUUCUCUUUCAGGCCAAAAACUCCUUUUAAAUUUGUUUCGAACAAAGUUAGUUGCCGUCGAUUUUGCUUACUUCCUCGGUCUUUUUGCUUUUUUGGAAUUAUGUAGUAGGUUCUGUUUGGUAUUUGUUUUGCUUUCUUGAUUGGUUUUCUCCAUCUUUAAAUCUUUUUAUUCCUUUUUUUCCUUUAUCAUCUCAUCGCAAUUAAUAACGUCAACCUAGGAAAAGCUGGCAAGGCCAUUCAAGCUUGGGUUAUUUGACUUAAUGAUCUGAGAAGCUUUAGUUUCAUGUAAUGUAGAUAUGGAUUUUUGUAAUUAUUUUGGUCUAAAUGGUGGCAACUAGAACUCAGCACCUUUAGUUAUGUUUAAUAUUUCCAUAAUUAGUGAAUUCUAGGUACUAAGAGAAGCACCAUAUAUAUCCACCAGAUUUGUAUAUUUGUAUAUACUAGUAAGGUGCACAUGCGUUGCACGUGCGUGGUGAUUUUCUCUAUAUAUUAUUUUAUGUUUUUUCUU